GAAGUCAAAAAAAUUUUAGCAACGAAGCCAAGAAGGAUUUAGAGACGGGGAAGUAACAUUUCUGGAGGAAAAUUUUUUUUCAAAAAUGAUAAAGGAAUUUGUGGCCCUUUUGGUAGUCGCAGGCAUCGCGGCUAACGCAAUGAGUGUGCACACAGCAAACAAGGACUUCCUCGUGAAACAGAAGAAACUGUAUGACCUUUUGUAUUUCAAAACCUUCGAUAAUGAGCUUUUAGAAUUGGCUAAGAGCUACGAUGUCGGUAAGAACAUCGACUCCUACGAAAAUAAGACUGUUGUCACGGAAUUUCUGAAACGUUUCCAAUUCGGUAUGCUGCCAAAAGGCAAGCUCUAUUCCACUCAGUACAUGAAGAUGCGCGAUGAGGUCACUGCUCUCUACAAUCUUUUCUAUGAGGCCAAAGACUUUGAUACUUUCUACAAAACGGCAAUUUGGGCCAAGAUGCAUCUUAAUGAGAUGAUGUUCUCCUACGCCUACCAAAUUGCAGUUUUCCAUAGACCCGAUACCAAGUACAUUACUCUGCCACCUCUAUACGAAGUCAACCCAUUCUAUUUCUUCGACUCUCAAUUGAUCAACGAUGUUAAAAACAUCAAGAUGAAGUAUGGUACUGCCAAACUUGAGAAGAAUUACUUGGUUUUCGCCAAUUACACUCCCAUGUGCUCGAUGGACACUUAUCUCGAGAGCGACCACAAGCUUAACUACUUUAUGGAAGACAUCGGCUUGAAUUCUUACUACUACCACAUGAGGGCCAUGUUUCCGCUCUUUGUAUCCGACAAGAACCUGAACUACACCAGGGAUGUCCGAGGCGAGAUCUAUCUGUACGGACACAAACUGCUCAUGUCCAGAUACUACAUGGAGCGUCUUUCCAAUGAUCUUGAAGAUGUUGAAGACUUCGAUUGGACUAUGCCAUUUGUUCCUGGAUUCUACAAAGAGAUGGUCCAUCCGAAUGGCGUGAUGUUCCCGCAGCGCGAGAGCUACCAGACUCUACCUUCCUACAAGUACAAAUACAUGAAAGAGGCUAGGGAAGUGGAAUCUCGCAUUAUGGAACUCAUCGACUUUGGUUACGUCUACGGCCUUGACGGUAAACCGGUGGACAUUUACACACCCGCUGGUUACAACGUACUCGGAAACAUCAUCGAGGGUAACAAAGAUUCCUACAACGGUAGAUAUUACAAGAAUUUAGACGUUCUCAUCAGGAAGGUCUUUGGCGCUACCAGGAUGGCUAAUCACAAAUAUGACAUCGUGCCCAACGCACUGGACCUUUACGUCACUAGCAUCAGGGACCCUGCCUUCUACCGUAUCUACAAGAGGAUCGUGAACCUGUACCAAAGGUACAUGGUGAACAUGAAGCCUUACACUCGCGAGCAGCUGAACUUCCCCGGAGUGAAGCUCAACGACGUCGUUGUUGACAAGAUGGUUACCUAUUUCGAUCAGGUCGACAUACCAGUUACCAAGGCUUUGAGUUUCAAGGACCGCAUCGAUGAAAUGUCUUACAGCAUCAAGGCUCGUCAGUACAGACUGAAUCACAAACCUUUCUCCUACACCUUCGACAUUGAGAGUGACAAGGACACCACUGCCCUGAUUCGCAUCUUCUUGGGACCCGCCUUCGACAUUCACGGCAAAAGGAUAAACCUCGAAUCUAGCUGGAUGAAAUAUAUCAUCUUGGAUUUCUUCGAAGUAAACCUCAAGGUCGGCAAGAACAAGAUCGUCCGUAGCAGCACAGAGUCUGUCUUCGUGGUCCCUGACGAACUGUCGAGCGAAGCAUUUUAUGCGAAGCUCCAAAAGGCCAUGGAAGGUAGCGAGCCUUUCGUUUACACGGAGAACAUCUACGGAUUCCCCGACAGAUUGAUACUGCCUAAGGGUAAACCUCAAGGAAUGCCGUAUCGUCUCUUCUUCCACGUGGUAGAGCUGGACAAGACUCAAAUCGUAAACAUGGAGCUUCCCUUAAUGGGCAAACUUUACCAUGAUGAAAAAGGAAUGGGCUAUCCUCUUGACAGACCAAUCUGCAUCUGGGACUUCAUGACCCCUAACAUGUACUUGAAGGAUGUAUUUAUCUAUCACGAAGACAUGAUGCAGGAGGUCGUAAGAGAGAAGAUACAUGAAGACGAGAUUAAGAUGAAGAAGUUACAAGCGAUGAACAAUUAAAUUGUUAUCAUAAGACCGUCAAAAAUACUGCCCUAGUGCUCCUUUAUGGUAGCACUUAAUGAUCUCUACUUUUCGCGAUCAACGGUCGAUACUCAUAUCUGUGAAAUGACUAGAUAAUAAUUUUUGAAAAUAAUAAUUCUUUUUUCAUGCAUAUAAAUACAAAGAAAUUAAGAACAUU